GGCCGGAAUUAGUUACCAGUUGCCGUCAGCAAGUUCAGAAUCGUCUGUUUCUGGUCAAGGAUCCAGCAGCUGCAGACCUUCAGAUGUUAAUCGCACGCAGUGCCCCAUCUGUAGGUCUACGUACACAAAUACCUCUACAUCUUGGGAGUUGAUUGGCAUUCAGUCUCCAAAAAAUCAUAGAUAUCAAAUCUCAGAUACAUUUCCUGAAGUUGAUGAUAAUGGUACUGAUUCCAAAGAAGAAACAUCUUUCACCGUUAUUGGCCAUAAACAUAAUCCAACAGAGAAUGUUUAACUUGUCUAUUAGUUUCAUUGUAACACACUGUACAGUAACUUCAGAUUACUACACACUUUACUCCUAUCUUCAAUAACACAUUUCAUCUGAUUUUUUAUGAGCACAGGUGUUUGAAAUACUUAAUCAAAGUUUUCCACUGAACGAAGAAAUUAUAUAGUAACCACCAACCUUUUACCAAAGCCUUAAGAAAAGUAUAAAACUUAAUUAAUACUUUUCAUAAUUUCCUGAUCCUUAUAUUUAUGACAUUUGAUAUGUAUGAUUA